AUGUGUCCAGUGCCCGAGGUGCCUGAGGACCUGGAGCCCAAGUACUGGGUCCAGCAUGGUCAGGACACACUGAAGCGACUGCUUGAGACCGACGUGGUGGAUGCUCCGGCCAAGAACGUCAUCGUCUUCGUGGGUGACGGCAUGGGCAUCUCCACGGUGACGGCGUCCCGGAUCUACGGGGGGCAGCUGAAGGGUCACCGAGGAGAAGAGUCCAGCCUCUCCUUCGAGCGCUUUCCCUUCACAGCGCUGGUCAAAACCUACGCAGUGGACAAGCAGGUGACGGACAGCGCUGCUUCAGCUACGGCGCUGUUCUGCGGCGCCAAGACCAAGUUCACCAUGCUGGGGGUGUCUGCCAUGGCCAACAUUUCGGAAUGUGACUCGCUGGCCGGCCACGAAAUGGAUUCCUUCAUCAAGAGGGCGCAGGACAAAGGAAUGUCGACGGGCCUGGUGACCACGACGCGCGUGACGCACGCGACGCCGGCGGCCCUGUACACACAUUCUGUGCACCGGGACUGGGAGAACGACGCCCGAGUGCCCAAGGAUGCCGUCCACAAGUGCAAGGACAUCGCCAGGCAGCUCAUCGAGGACGUGCCGGGCAAGAACCUCAAC